AAUCUCGCGAGGUUUGAGGACUAUGAGCUUGCUAGUCCGAGGCGGCCAGCGGAGGUUUGCCUCCGGCCAGGGAUGGGGCUGAGCUUCGCUGACACUUCCAGCCGCCUCUCCGCUGAUGGUCUCGAGUCUGCUCGGUGAAGAAGCUGAACAGACGAGAGGAGUCUCUUCCCUUGGGUGCGUAGGUCCCUGUUAGCAGAGGCUUUGAGUCCUAACGCCACAGUUGACGGCUGCGAGGGAUUGAGACCAGAGUAUUCCUUUAGAAAUGAGUUGCACGAUUGAGAAGGCACUCGCUGAUGCUAAAGCUCUUGUUGAAAGACUGAGAGAUCAUGAUGAUGCAGCAGAAUCUCUGAUAGAGCAAACCACGGCACUCAACAAGCGGGUAGAAGCAAUGAAGCAGUAUCAGGAAGAAAUUCAAGAACUUAAUGAAGUUGCAAGGCACCGGCCACGGUCCACGUUAGUUAUGGGAAUCCAGCAAGAAAACAGACAAAUCAGAGAACUGCAACAAGAGAACAAAGAAUUGCGCACAUCUCUGGAAGAACAUCAGUCUGCCUUGGAACUUAUAAUGAGCAAGUAUCGAGAGCAAAUGUUCAGACUGCUAAUGGCCAGCAAAAAAGAUGACCCAGGUAUAAUAACGAAGUUAAAAGAGCAGCACUCCAAGAUUGACAUGGUACAUCGUAACAGCUCCGAAGGAUUCUUCCUUGAUGCAUCUCGACACAUCUUUGAAGCAUCUCAACAUGGACUGGAGAGGAGGCACUUGGAAGCAAAUCAGAAUGAAUUACAGGCACAUGUUGAUCAGAUAACAGAAAUGGCAGCAGUAAUGAGGAAAGCCAUUGAAAUCGAUGAGCAGCAGGGUUGCAAGGAACAGGAACGAAUAUUUCAACUUGAACAAGAAAACAAAGGCUUGAGAGAGAUCCUCCAGAUAACUCGAGAAUCCUUUCUGAACCUUAGGAAAGAUGAUGUGUCUGAAAGUUCAUCUUUGUCAGCAUUAGUGACCAAUAGUGACCUAAGUCUGAGAAAGAGCUGAAGAGCCUGUAAGUCUGUGAGCUUUUUGCAAAGCUCCACAUCGUCACUGGGACUGGCCUGAUGUGAAUGAAUUAACAGAAAAAUCCAUCUCAAGCCACCCUUUAUUUUUUUCUAUAGUGUGUACAGUGCACUGGCAAUGACAUUCUUAAGCUAGCAAAAAUGCAGAAUUAAUGGUCAUAGAUUUUAUUCCAAAAUAUAAUUAAAAACUAGAAACUUUGUUAAUUGGUGAAGAAACUAAAGAUUUUCUGAGUGACUGCUGAACCUAACAGCAGUACUGUUGACAACCCUGGAUGAUGCUUGGAUAAACAUGAAUAUUCCCAAUAAAUGGGAAUUCAUGCAUUUAUCCAAAUUUUAAAAUAUACAUCUUGCCACAGUUUGUAAAUGGAAGACUGUCAUAUUAAAUUUUAUUUCUUCUCCCUCUUUGGUGUCAGAGUUAACAAAUAGUUUAUGUACCGUGAGACUUCAGCUUUAAUGAUUGCCUGUCUACCUUCCCAUUACUGUAAAUUUUGGUCAAAGAACACUCAGUUUGCAAGAGUGUAGGAAUGUUUCAUAUGCACCAAUAAACAAAGUUAAUUUAAUUUUAGCCAGUUUACCAUAAUUAAAAUACUCCACUGACAAUUGUCUAUAAGUUGUUUAAGUAUAUGAAAUAACAUUUCAGGAAUGAAAGAGAAAGAAUAUUACUUUCUAAGAAAGAAGAUCUUAUAAGAGACAUAUUAGUAGGUUAAACUACUCCUUUGAAAGAUUUAAGUUUUGGUUCUUAAUAAUGAAGAUGAGGUAUUUCUCUUCUCUGGUUGAUCUUUAAGGAUAUUAGGUAGUUCUUUAAGCUAAUAACAGAGUUGAAAUGUUUGAAAUAGCAAACUAGGUAUGUGUCAAAGUAAAUUGGGAAUUCCUCUGCCUCAUUGAACCCUUUCUUUAAAAAUGCAGAAAGUAAAUUACAAUUUGAAAAUAAAAUUUGUUUUCUGGAUGUCUUCAUAAGCUCUAUCUUCUGGUCCUUGUAACCUGGAAGAUUUUUCUUAUAAUCUAUCAGUCAAAAGGGGGGUGGGUGGGAGGAAAUCUGUGGAUUUAUAAGUAUUUGUUUCAUUUUUUUCCAAAAUCUUUAUCUAGUAUGUAAAUUUUUAAAAGCCACUGGAAAUAGAAAUGUACUUUAACAUCAGUUGAAAUCUCAAUCUUAUUUCAGGAUUAUAGAAGGAUAAAAGAAAAAUGUCAAAUAUGAUUAAAUAUACUAAUUUGUAUUAAAAUUAGCACAAUAGGAAAUUCUACUUUAGGGUAUGUAAUUUGUUAAAUAUUCACAUGGUAGCUUUUGUGUAUAAUUUCAUAUAUUGGUAAAAUUCAAAACUACUUUUCACUUGUAAUUUUUGUAUCUUAAGUUUGAAGUAAGUGGGGCUGAUUGAAAAGGGCUAAUGGCCCAAACACUGAAUAGACUUCUCAGAGGCCUUAAUUGAUAUUUUAUAACUGACAGUUAUUUCUAAACUUUUCUAUUGGUUUUGGGGAAAGUAUCUGUUAAUUUGGUGGCACAUUCAUUGAUAUAGUUUUAUCCCAAGUCAGAAUUAACGAAAAUAAACUAUACAGUUGAGAUGAAGUCUGAGGCAAUUCAUUGAGGCAGCUCUAUUAUUAAAAUGUUUCUUGAUAACUAAUUAUUUUUAUAAACAAGUUAAUUUAUUCUUGGUCUUCUUACUUGGAUAUAAUUUUAAGGUCUUGGUGUUUAAAGACAUUUACUUUGUUAUAUAGCAACAGUUUUCCAUCCAUACUUUUUUCUUUUUAAAUUUAAGGUUCUACUUAUGUCUGAGAAUGUAUACUGCAUAGGAGCCUAUUUUAUCAAUAAAGACGAGUGAUUGAAAUUGA